GCUUUCUUCUCAACGAAACCAAAACCUUAUCACUUUAUGGAACCUCAGAAUAAAUACCAAGAAGAAUGGCAUAAUGCCAAUUAAAUUAAAAUUCAAACUUACUCAGAUUAAAGACUUUCAAUGUUUUACUUAAUUAAAAAUAAUAUCUAGAUUUACAUAGAUCAUAAAGGAUCUAUCCCAUUACAUGUGAAGAACUUAGCUAAAAUAUCAACUUCAUUAAUAACAAAUUAAACUCUUGGGUAUUCUUGUACAGAAUUUAUAUCGAACCUUAUUUUUAUAAAUGGCAGGAAAUUGGGUAAGUCAUUUAGUUGUAAUAUAAAACUGAUUAUAAUUAUAAAAUAUUAAAUUUAAUAAAAAUAAAUACUUAAUAAUAUCGAUGAUCUGCUUCUCUUGGAUUUCCUGAAGGCAAAUUUUCAUUACAGUCUUUAUUUUUCGUUAAUAUGA